ACCAUAUAAAAAAGUAAUACCGGAAAAUCUUUAUGAAGAUUUAAUGGCAUAUUUUAUGUCUAAUAUAUUAAAUCCUAAAAUUUCAAGGUUACCAUCACGUCAUAGAUAUAUUAUUAGAAUUGAUUCUGUCAUAAUUAAAGGGGACGAUGCCGCAAUCAUAUCUGAUUGGAUUGAAAAAAGAACCAAUUUUUCUGAGAAACCUUUAUAUCAAUUUAUACUUACUUAUCGAGCAACACGCGACGGAUUUAAUUACAAUAAAUUUAUUAAUAAAAAUUGUAAUGGUUGGAAAGCUGUCAACAAUAAUCGUGGUUUUUUUGGUGGUCCUUCUAGUGGUUUUAAUUUUGGUGCCAAUAACAAUCAUGCCUUCAAUAGGUAUUUUGGUGGCAAUAACAAUCAUGCCUUCAAUAGGUUAAAUUUGGUGCCAAUAACACUUUUGAUAAUAACAAUCGUAAUACCUCUUUUGGUCAGCGAUGGGAACAAACUUAUGUUUUAUCUUUUGCUUUGGAAGUGGGGUCGAUUCUGA